CAUGUGGCUGUGUUUAUGUUUCCCGCCGAGGAGGUAAUGGACGUCCGUCCACUAAUUUGUGCGACCAUCGCACCUGCCACGGCAGGCUCGGUGGCUUCGCUCCACAAACGGCCACCAGCGGCUGCCAAGGACGCCGACUGACAGCAUGUACAAAUAUCCCACUCCCUCCACUCGGCCAGGCACCAGUGCACGGCGGCACGCCAAAGCCCGCAUUAAUAUCUCUCCGUCCGUCCGUCGUCUUCUCGCCGCCCGGAAGAUGACGGCCCAGAACGGCCACGGCGACCUCGCAAGGAAGCCGGUAGUCGUCAUCUACGCGCCGCCGGGGAUGGCGGGCCACCUGGUCCCCACGGUGGAGCUCGGCAAGCUGCUCCUGGCGCAGGGCCUCCAGGUCACCGUCCUCCUCGGCGGGGGCGAUACGUCGUUCCUCGACGGCGUCGCCGCCACCAACCUGGAGAUUUCCUUCCACUGCCUGCCCCCGGCCGCGCUCGCCCCCGACGUGGCCGCCGCCUGCAGCAGCAGCUUCGAGGCCAGGGUCUUCGAGCUCGCGCGCGCCUCCAACCCGGACCUGCGAGACUUCCUCCGCUCCGCCCGACCGGCCGCCCUCCUCAUCGACUUCUUCUGCAGCGCCGCGCUCGACGUCGGCGCCGAGCUCGGCGUGCCCACCUACUUCUUCCUCACCACCUGCGUCGCCAGCGUCGCCCUCUGUCUCUACCAGCCGGUCAUCCACGAGGGGACCACGCUGAGCUUCCGGGAGAUGGGCGGCGACCCCGUGCGCGCUCCGGGAUUGCCGCCGAUACCUGCAGAUCACCUCGCCGCGGCCGUCAUGGAUCGCGAGAGCCUGAGCAACAGGCACUUCUUGGAGCUGUCCCAAAGGAUAUGCGACUCACGGGGCGUCCUCGUCAACAGCUGCCGCUCCUUGGAGCCGCGCGCCGCCGACGCCAUCGUCUCCGGCCUGUGCACUCCGCCCGGGCUUCCAACGCCGCCGGUGUACUGCAUCGGGCCGCUGAUAAAGCCCGACGAGGAGACCGGGACGACGAAGCGCCACGAGUGCCUGGCGUGGCUCGACGGCCAGCCGGAGGCCAGCGUGGUCUUCCUCUGCUUCGGCAGCAUGGGCCGGUUCAGCGCGGAGCAGGUCAAGGAGAUGGCGUCGGGGCUGGAGGCGAGCGGGCAGCGGUUCCUGUGGGUCGUGCGGCGCCCGCCCCCGCCAGGCGCCGAGCGCCGGCCGCCGGCCGACGGCGACGACGACGGCCUCGACUUGGACGCGCUGUUCCCGGAGGGCUUCCUGAAGCGGACCAAGGACAGGGGCCUGGUGGUCACGUCCUGGGCGCCGCAGCGGCAGGUGCUGGCGCACGUCGCCGUCGGCGGCUUCGUGACGCACUGCGGCUGGAACUCGGUGCUGGAAGCCGUCGCUGCGGGCGCGCCCAUGCUGGCAUGGCCGCUGUACGCGGAGCAGCGCAUGAACAGAGUAUUCCUCGUCGAGGAGAUGCGGCUGGCCGUGCCCAUGGAAGGGUACGACAAGAAGAUGGUCGAGUCCAGCGAGGUGGCGGCGAAGGUGCGGUGGCUGAUCGAGUCGGACGGCGGGAGGGAGCUCCGGCAGCGGACGCGCGCGGCCAUGCGGCUGGCGGAGGAGGCGCUGGGCGACGACGGUGAGUCGAGGGCCGCGCUGGCGGAUCUAACGAGUCAGUGGAAGAAAAGCGCCGCCGCCGAGAGUUAAUUGCAAGUACCACACAAUUGGGGCAUUACAUGCAGAUUGAUAUCACGAUUGCUAAUUUUUGCGUGUCAGUACCAACAUUGCUUUAAAUUUUUGCAAAUAGGUCUAAACUGCUUAUAAACA